AUGGAGAGAGUUGUUGAAGAGGUCGUUAAUGAUCUUAUUAGACGACUAAUCUCCAGGCUAAUCCACACAUACCAGGAGCGGGAGAAUGUUGGGCAGACGCUCAGAAGGCUGCCCCUUAAACUGAUCAGUAUCCGUGCUUCCAUUGAAGAAGCAGAGCAGAGAUUUAUCACCAACCAACUGAUUUUGCUGCAGCUCAAAACAUUCACGGAGGUUUUAGCGCAAGGCUACUACUUGCUAGACAGCUUGGAAAGCAAAGGUAGUAAUGAUCAUGAAGAUAGUGGCCAGCAUGAGGUGAGACUUGUCUAUUCGUUUUCCUCGUUCAAUCCUUAUAAACGAAUGCGCAGAAUGGCUGACUAUGUGAAGAGGCUGCUACUCGGAGACAUGAGCAAGAUACAAGAGGUAAUGGGGUCAUUGGAAGCUGUUACUGAGAACUUACGGGAAUUCAACGCACUAGUAGCUGGCUAUCCUCGCAGAUCUCGCCGGCCUUAUGACUCUUACAUGUAUGCUGACAAGUGUAUGUUCGGUCGUCAUGUUGAGAGGGAGCAAAUCAUCAACUUCUUGCUUGAGGAGUAUGACGAUUCUUCUACUCAAACCUUGCCUGUUCUACCGGUCAUCGGCCGCCAUAGGUCUGGCAAGAAAACCCUAAUGGAAAAUGUUUGCAGGGAUGAGAGGGUACGCAGUCAUUUCUCCUUGGUUUCUCUUCUGGACGGUGAUGAUUUGGAGGGCGAGAUGCUCGAAGCGCCCUUCUUGUCCUCGAACGGUGGAGUAACCAUCACAAACCAUGAUUUGCAGCUGAAGAGGCGCUUGUUUGUGAUUGAGUUUGCCUUCAGUUUCGACGAGGAAUCAUGGAGAAAGUUCUACCAUCGUGCUAGCAACCUCAUGAAAGGAACAGGUAGCAAGGUUGUGCUCAUUAGUAGCUUGAAAGAGGCUGCAAGAUUGGGCACAACUAACCCCAUCACUCUCAUGCCCCUACCUCCAGAGUUGUUUUGGUAUUUCUUCAAAGCUAUUGCUUUCGGCAGUGUAGACCCAAAGGAGCACCCGAGGCUUCUAUCUCUAGGAAUGCAGGUAGCUGCUGCAAUUGAUUCAGGGUUUGCUCGAGCACAAUUACAUGGAGACUUUUUGGCGACUCCGCCGGGUAAAGAUCUGCGUUCAUCGGUUUCAAUGGCCGGUGAGAAGCCCGACCCCUCCAAGGUAGAUUCAACUCCCGUUGACAUCAAGUAUGAAGACAUACCUGAGGAGAGCCGCAAGCAAUUCGAGGCUGCGCUCCACAAGGAGCAAUAG